GCUCGCACUUCUUGGGACAGGGAGUCAAGUGAAAUGCGCUAUAAGAGGCUUCAACAUUUGCUUGAAAAAAGCAACAUCUAUUCCAAAUUCUUGCUAACCAAAAUGGAACAGCAGCAACUGGAGGAACAGAGGAAGAAAGAGAAGUUAGAAAAAAAGAGAGAGAUGAUGUUAAAAUCUGCCAAGGGUCAAAAUCCACUUGAUAGCAAAGAGGAGAAAUCAGGUGCAAAAAAGAAGAGAGGGAGAGAAGGUGGGACAUACAACAUCUCAGAAAUUAUGUCCAAGGAGGAAAUAUUAUCAGUGGCAAAAAAAAGUAAAGUGGAAAAUCAGGAUGAAAGCUGUUCUGACAACCUGUGUCCAGAAGACCUGCAGAAAAAUGGAGACUCAAAUAGCGUCAUUAAAGAUAGAUUGUGUCAAGCUGUACGACACAGUGCCAAGCAAUUCCUUGAUCCAGUACGGAAAUUUAAUGGACAACCAGUGCCUUUUCAGCAGCCAAAGAUUUUUACUGGAGGUGUAAUGAGGUGGUACCAAGUGGAAGGCAUGGAGUGGCUAAGGAUGCUUUGGGAAAAUGGUAUCAAUGGCAUUUUAGCUGACGAAAUGGGGUUGGGGAAGACGAUCCAGUGUAUUGCAACAAUAGCACUGAUGGUGGAGCGAGGAGUCCCUGGUCCAUUCUUAGUAUGUGGUCCUUUGUCUACUCUUCCAAAUUGGAUGUCUGAAUUCAAGAGAUUUACUCCAGAGGUAAAAGAAUUGCUGUAUUCCACUAAUGAGCAGGAACGUCGUAAACUGGUUCGUAAAAUUCACGGGCGACAAGGAUCACUGCAAAUCCAUCCUGUGGUCAUUACUUCCUUUGAAAUAGCAAUGCGAGACAGAAAUGCCCUGCAGCACUGCUUCUGGAAAUACCUGAUAGUAGAUGAAGGUCACAGGAUUAAAAAUAUGAACUGCCGCCUUAUCAGAGAAUUGAAACGAUUUAAUGCGGACAAUAAACUCCUGUUGACUGGUACUCCCCUGCAAAACAACUUGGCAGAGCUUUGGUCAUUGCUUAACUUCCUGUUGCCAGAUGUGUUUGAUGAUUUGAAAAGCUUUGAAUCCUGGUUUGAUAUUACCAGCAUUACAGAAACGGCCGAAGAUAUUAUUGCUAAAGAAAGAGAGCAAAACAUCUUGCAUAUGCUGCAUCAGAUUCUGACACCUUUCUUACUGAGAAGACUGAAAUCCGAUGUUGCUCUUGAGGUUCCUCCUAAACGAGAAGUUGUGGUAUAUGCACCGCUGGCAAAGAAGCAAGAAACUUUCUACACUGCCAUUGUAAAUCGCACCAUUAGGAAACUGCUUGGAAGUAAUGAGGAAGAAGUAGUUGAGUUGAGUCCUACAGGCCGACCAAAACGCCGUAGUCGAAAACUGGUUGAUUAUUGUGAAGAAAAUAAUGGUUCACCUGAUGACUUGGAAAAAUUGAUCAGCAAAAUGCAAGAGGAAGUAGAAAAAGAGAGGCCAGUGGUAGAAGUGAGCAUUCCCAUGGAUUCAGAGGUGAACCUUAAACUGCAGAAUAUUAUGAUGUUACUGAGGAAAUGUUGUAAUCACCCCUAUCUUAUUGAAUAUCCAUUGGACCCUGCUACACAACAAUUCAAGGUUGAUGAAGAUCUAGUAAAGAAUUCAGGCAAGUUUCUACUCUUGGACCGAAUGCUUCCAGAACUGAAAAAGAGAGGACAUAAGGUCUUGUUGUUCUCACAAAUGACUAUGAUGCUUGACAUUUUGAUGGAUUACUGCUAUCUGAGAGACUUCAGAUUUAGUCGAUUGGACGGCUCUAUGUCCUACUCGGAGAGAGAAGAAAAUAUGCAUCAAUUUAAUACGGACCCUGAAGUCUUCCUGUUCUUAGUGAGUACAAGAGCUGGAGGCUUGGGCAUUAACUUAACUGCGGCAGACACAGUUAUCAUAUACGAUAGUGACUGGAACCCCCAGUCGGACUUGCAGGCGCAAGACAGGUGUCACAGAAUUGGCCAGACAAAGCCGGUGGUUGUUUAUCGUCUUGUGACAGCAAAUACUAUUGACCAGAAGAUUGUGGAGAGAGCUGCUGUCAAGAGGAAGCUGGAGAAGCUGAUUAUCCACAAAAAUCAGUUUAAAGGUGGCAAAUCUGGUCUAGCACAGUCAAAGAGCUGCCUGGACCCUCAGGAAUUAAUAGAAUUACUGAAAUCCAGAGACUAUGAGAGGGAGGUUAAAGGAUCUAAAGAAAAAGUAAUCAGUGAUAAAGAUCUAGAGUUACUCUUGGAUAGAAGUGAUCUUAUUG